UAAUCAUGGCACUCUCAAACCAAACAAAAUAUAUAUAUUUAAUUUUAUCAAUCUUUGUAUUUCAAGUUAGAUCAAGAAUAUUGACUAUUGAAGAUGCUACCAUUGUUGAGAAACAUGAACAAUGGAUGGUUCAUCACGGACGCACAUAUCAAAACAUUGAAGAAAAAGAGAAGCGGCUUCAAAUAUUCAAGACUAACUUGAAAAAUAUUCAGAAUUUCAACAAAGCAUCAAAUAAAACUUACGAGUUAGGUCUUAAUCAUUUUGCAGAUUUAACUAAUGAAGAAUUUCUUGCUACAUAUAAUGGUUACAAAAUGCAAAAACUAGAUCAAGCAACAAAUAUAUCAACCAAAACACCACACGAUUAUCAAAUCUUUGAAGUUCCAGAUAGCGUGGACUGGAGGCAAAGAGGCUUUGUCACUUAUGUCAAGAGCCAAGGCAAAUGUGGUUCUUGCUGGGCAUUUUCAGCUGUGGCAGCUGUUGAAGGACUUGUAGGUUACGACAUUUCAUUAUCGGAACAACAAGUGCUGGACUGUGCGCAGAGUAAUGGUUGCAGAAGUGGAACUAUGGAUGGUGCUUUUAGAUAUAUAAUAGAAAAUCAAGGGAUAACUUUGGAAUCAUAUUAUCCUUAUGAAUUAAUGCAAAAAACUUGUAGAAUGAGUAGGAAUGUUGUGAAAAUCAGUGCUUAUAUGGAUGUAGCCCCUAAUGAUGAGGAAACGCUUAAAGCAUUCGUAUCAAUGCAACCUGUGUCGGUAGCCGUUGAUAGUGGAUCAUAUAAUUUUCAAUUUUAUCGCGGUGGAAUAUUAAUGGCUCAAGAUUGCGGACAUUCAUUGAAUCAUGGUGUUCUUUUGGUUGGAUAUGGAACAAGUGUAGAUGGAAUAAAAUAUUGGUUAAUUAAGAAUUCAUGGGGUGUUCAAUGGGGAGAAAAUGGAUACAUGAGAUUGGAAAGGGGUGCUAAUGUCUAUGGUGGUGCUUGUGGUGUUGCAUUGAACCCUUCGUUUCCUAUUCGUUGAUGGUCAAAAUUGAUUGUUAUGUUGCAUUAGACAGUAAAAUAUGUUUCAAUUUGUUUAUAUUUUAAUAUUCUAGAAACUUUGAAAUAAUGCACU